GUGAUCCUGCAUUUCAUGGUGGGCUCACCCAGUGCAGCCGUCAGCCAGGAUCUGUCCCAGCUCCUCAUCCAGGCCGGGCUCAUGAAGAGUGAAGGGACAGAAGCCCCCUGUAUCACAUCUGCUGGCUUCCAGUUCCUGCUCCUCGACACCUCCUCCCAGCUUUGGUACUUCAUGCUCCAGUACCUGCACACUGCUGAGACACGAAAGAUGGACCUGGUUGAGAUCCUGUCGUUUGUUUUCCAGCUGAGUUUCUCCACGCUGGGCAAGGAUUAUUCGGUGGAGGGGAUGAGUGAGUCGCUGUUGACCUUCCUGCAGCAUCUGCGUGAGUUUGGGCUGGUCUUCCAGAGGAAGCGUAAGUCUCGGCGGUUCUACCCGACACGGUUGGCCAUAAACCUGGCGCUGGGUGUGACGGGCAGCGCGGUGGAUGUUCACCGGCAGGGUUACAUCGUGGUGGAGACCAACUAUCGUAUCUACGCCUACACCGACUCAGAGCUCCAGCUGGCCCUCGUUGCGCUUUUCUCCGAGAUGCUUUACCGGUUCCCCAACCUGGUGGUGGCUCAGCUGAGCAGAGAGAGUGUGCAGCAGUCUAUAGCUAACGGGAUCAGUGCCGAGCAGAUCAUCCACUUCAUGAGGACCAGAGCUCACCCUGUGAUGCUGAAAACGACCCCGGUGCUGCCUCCCACCAUCACCGACCAGGUGCGGCUCUGGGAACUCGAACGUGACCGGCUACAGUUCACCGAAGGUGUGCUGUACAACCAGUUCCUGUCGCAGGUGGACUUUGAGUUGCUGCGUGACUAUGCGCGGGACCUGGGGGUGCUGGUGUGGGAGAAUCCCCCCAAGCGGCUGAUGGUGGUCACCCCCACCGGCCACCCCGACGUCAAACGCUUCUGGAAACGGCAGAAACACAACUGACCACCCGGGGAAUCUCCCCACAUUCCCGCCCCCUCCCCUCUCCCCCAUUCCUGCCCCCCAAAGCCCAGACUGGAGUAACCCUCCCAGCUUUGUCUCCCCCUCCCGCACAUUCAGUCUGAAGAAGGGUCUCGACCCAAACCGUCAGCUGUUCCUUUCUCUUCAGAGACGCUCACAAGUUAUAGGAGUAGAAUUAGGCCAUUCGGCCC